GGCGUUCCCCUCCGACCUCCACGACUGCGCCUGAGCGGCGGAAGCAGCAAAGUCAUCCUGACGCCGCGGCUUUUCUUCCACCGGCAGCCGAGGCAAGAACGUGACUUUGUUACCGCGGUUCUUCAACCUAUUUGUUGGUGUGACUCCCCGAAGGCAAAUAAGGACACAUGGAUCCCCGGAACCCGAACACGGAGGCCAAGAAGAUGUUGCUGAGCCACGCCAAGACCUUGAGGCUCCACACCGGAAACCUGGUCAACAGAACUCGCCUGAAGAAGAAAUGUCCGUGUUCUCCCAGCGAGGAGCUCCAAGAGUGCAUCCAAGCGACACUGAGCAGCUGGGUCUCCACGAUACAACCCCCGACGGAGAACCUCCCAGACACGCUGGACUGCAACAUCCCGCUGGCUGCGGACGCCAUCGCACCUGAGGAGAGGGAGGAGCUUAAGGUGUCAGCCAAGUUCUUCCUGUUUGAAUCGGAUCAGUCCUCCAUCAGAGACGCGGUAGACAUGGCCUGUCAGACGCUGGCCGUGUCCCAGCUGGACUCCGUCAUCAUCGCGCCGCGCGGCCUCCUGGGCGUCGACAACCGCACCUUGGCCCCCCUCCAGCCGGCGUGGGAGGAGCUGGAGACUCUGGUCCGCAGUCAGAGGAUCGCCGCCAUCGGUACCGCCGACCUGGACAAAGACCUGCUGGAGCAGCUCUACAACUGGGCUCAGGUGAAGCCCAGCAGCAACCAAGUGAACCUGGCCUCCUGCUGCGUCAUGCCCCCCGACCUCACCGCCUUCGCCAAGGAGUUUGACAUCCAGCUCCUGACGCACAACGAUCCCACCGAGUUGAUGUCCGCCGCCACCUUCCAGGAGGCCAUGCAGGAGGGCACGCAGCAUCUCAGCGCGGGCGACUGGAGGCUGGAGUGGGUCUUGCGCUACUCCGUCAUCGUCAAGAGCCGCGGCAUCAUCAAGGCCAUGGGCUACCUGUUCAGCGCGAGGAAGGCGGACCUCUAGCGCCCCCUAUCUGUAUCGAUUUGUAGCACGUGCAAAGUUCUGCAACAUGGCCGCUGACUAUCAACAGGAACCAUGACAUCAGUUUACCUUUCUUGUCAGAUAACUACAUCCUCUUUUACUACUUUUUAUCAAAACAUGGAAGAUAUUAUUGCCAGAUCCGUCACUUUUCAUAUGAACUUAUCUGCUGAUUUGAGUCCCGGUUUGAACCGUGAGAAAACAUGUCCGUGCUCACAGACAAAGGAAGUCAGGCUUCCAUGCACCUUUCUUGUGUGCCUGAUUAAAUCCAUCCUGCACAAACAAAUCUGUGCUGUUAAUACGCAGCUGUUUUACAUCCGAUCUGGAUCGUGUCGAGCUUUGUACAAUAUUCUUGGGAACAUUUAGUUUUGCUAAGUGCAUCAUGCCUCGUAACGUGGAAGACGGUUGUAGCAUCUUUGCCCGUUCAAAUGUGAAGUGCCUGGCAGCAGUCGAGCCUGCGUCUGAAUAUUUCUGGAAUACAUUAUUUCUUUGCAACUUAUAUCCAUUCCACAAUUUUUUUUUUAUUUAAGUACAUCAAUUUAACCAUCAUGUUCUAAAUUAAAGAGUCUAAUGUAAUCUAUUUGUGAUAUGAACUAAUUUUAUUGACUUAUUGGAUGGCCUGAACGGCCAGUAAGAAGUCAUAUUUGGAUUUCAGGGUUGCUAGAAGUUUGUGCUACGAAUGGGAUUUUAAUAGGGCAUUCUAUUUAUGAAUCAUAAGUCAUAUGAUCUGGUAAAUAACAUAAAAAUAUGCUGUAAUGCACUGUAAACAUAUCUGUAUAUCACUUUAUUAAAGUGUAUAAAAAAUA